AUGGCUGUCAGUACACCCACAGGCAAUUCUCCUCUACGAGUCGUGGUCUUUGACAAUCUGCGGGUACGCAGCCAUCUGUUCGCGAGGCUCUUCUCCGAGCAUCCACGGUUCUCGCAGAUCUACCAUCCAUUCAUGAUGGCCGGGUUCCUUGGGCCAGAGGGAGUACUGCCGAAACUCCGCCAUUCUGAGACAAGAAGCAAGGAGCUGGCAGAGGACUGGCAGCCACUCUGGGUGACUGAUACGCACGGGUCCUGUCGACGACAGCUUGAGGACGACGUUGCUCGCGUCGAAGCAGCUGGCAAAAACAUCUGGGUCAAUGAACACAGCUGCCUUGCAAUCAGACAAGAGGUCGCACUUGCUCACCUUCGUGGCCACCAAUACACGCCGCAGGAUCUGGGCCCGAAUCCAACCUACUGUCCAGACUGGCUCUUCGACACCUGCACGCCCAUGAUGGUUAUACGGCAUCCAGCGCUUAGUGUGCGUUCUCUGUACGACAUGGCGAUUCAGGUGCAAAAAGUGCGGCCAACUGACGAGGACUUUGUAAUGUGUACGUCGCUGCACUUCUGUCGGUUGCUGUUCGACCUGUUCAAAUCACAAGGCCGGACUCCGAUCGUAGCUGACGGCGAGGAUGUGGUUUUGAGGCGGAAGGGGAUGACCGAUGGUGUUUGCGAAGCGUUGGGCAUCGAUCCAGAUGGCGUGGUCGAGCAAUGGGACCCUACACCAUUGGAUCAGCGGCCACAGCACCCCAUGAUCGCGGCGUUCACGAAGACGAUACACGAGUCACACGGCAUCGAGUUCCCAAAUGAGAACAACAAGCCAGUUGAUGUGGAGACCGUGCUGGACACAUUGGUAGAACGGUAUGGCGAGGACCUCGCCGCGGAGUUGAAGAGGCAUAUUGAUCUCAGCACCCCAGAUUAUCAGUACAUGAAGCAGUUUGCGGUGUAG